AAAUAAUAUUUUAUUGGCGAAUUAGGUGAAAUGUCACAUGGAUCAGAUUCAGUUACGUAGCAGGGUUCUCAGAGAACACCAGGUCAGGCGCGCUCUAUGUUUGGUGUCUGGUUUCAAAGAGAGGCAAGUUGUGGGUGAGAGGGGACAAGGAGAGGUAGUCUGGGAAGCACAGGAAGCAGCUACUUUGCUCACUACCUGAGUAAAGCCACUUCAAGGACACAGAACAUACAAGCUUCAGUAAAGAAGAAUUUCACUGCCUCUGUCCUGUAGACCAAAGUCUCUGCUUUCCUUUGGUGUGUAGGUCUCUGUCUGGCCUGAAAAGGUACCAGUGUCAGUAAUAUAGGAAAAUGGCUGAGGCUCAUCAGGCAGUGGGCUUUCAGUUCACAGUGCGCCCAGAUGGUGUGGACCUGAAGCUGAGUCAGGAAGUUUUAAAAAACAUCUACCUGUCAGGAGUGACUGCCUGGAAGAAGAAAGCCAUUCAAUUCAAGAAUGGAAUACUGACUGGAGUUUACCCUGCCAGUCCUUCCAGUUGGCUGAUAGUUGUGAUUGCUAUGAUGAGUUCCUUAUACACUCGCAUAGACCCCUCUCUGGGAAUGAUAGACACCAUCAAGGGGAAUCUUCCAUACAAAGUCUACAUGCAAGUGCAGACCAGAGCAGUUGUGAGUGCCAUCCUGUUUGCCACAGGAGUCUGGCUGUUUUUCAUCUAUCUCAUGAGAUUCACUCUGAAGACUCUUCUUUCCUACCAUGGUUGGAUAUUUGAAUCCCAUGGAAAAAUGAGCACAUGUACAAAACUGUGGCUGAGCCUGGUAAAGAUGAUUUCUGGACGAAGGCCCCUGCUGUACAGUUUCCAGGCUGCCUUACCCAGACUCCCUGUCCCCAGAGUGGAUGAUACCAUUCAGAGGUAUCUAGAAUCAGUUCGCCCUCUGCUGGAUAGCAAACAGUACAACCGAAUGGAGAUUCUGGCGAAUGAAUUCAAAGAAACUGAGUCAACGCAGCUCCAGAGGUACCUCAUCCUGAAAUCUUGGUGGGCAACAAACUAUGUAAGUGACUGGUGGGAGGAAUACAUCUACCUGAGGAGCAGAGGUCCCAUCAUGGUCAACAGCAACUUUUACAUCAUGGACCUCUUGUAUAUGACCCCAACACACCGGCAGGCUGCUCGGGCAGGAAAUGUGGUUCAUGCCAUGCUGCAGUACAGGCGUAAGCUGGAGCGCGGUGAACAUGCACCGCUGAGGGCUUUAGGGACGGUUCCAAUGUGCUCCACCCAGAUGGAGAGAAUGUUUAACACCACUCGUAUCCCUGGUAUAGAAACAGAUAUUGUGCAGCACCUGACAGACCGAAAGCACCUAAUCGUCUACCACAAAGGGCGCUUUUUCCAAGUGUGGUUGUAUAUCGGGGGGCGCCACCUCUUACCCAGUGAGCUGGAGACCCAGUUUCAAAGGAUUCUCAAUGAUCCAUCAGAACCACAGCCAGGAGAACUGAAACUUGCAGCUCUUACUGCAGGAGCCCGGGUUCCUUGGGCACGGGCUCGGUUGAAAUACUUUGGCCAUGGAAUAAACAAAGUUUCCCUGGAUGCUAUUGAAUCUGCUGCAUUCUUCCUGACACUUGAUGAGGAACCACAGGGUUAUGACCCAGCAAAGGUUAACUCACUUGAUAUUUACGCCAAGUCCCUGCUGCAUGGUAAAUGUUAUGACAGGUGGUUCGACAAGUCUUUCAACUUAAUCUCAUACCCAAAUGGAAAGAUAGGAGUCAAUAUUGAGCACUCUUGGGCAGAUGCCCCCAUUGUUGGACACAUGUGGGAGUAUGUUCUUGCAACAGACUGCUUUCACCUGGGCUACACAGAGGAGGGCCACUGCAAAGGGGACAUGAACAGGGGCCUUCCAUGUCCCACUCGACUACAGUUUCAGAUUUCAGAUGAGUGCCAAGACGUUAUUGAAACUUCCUACCUAUUAGCCAGGCAGCUAGCCGAUGACGUGGACUUUAACUGCUAUUUGUUCUCUGAGUUUGGAAAAGGCCUGAUCAAGAAGUGCAGGACGAGCCCUGAUGCCUUCAUUCAGCUGGCUCUGCAGCUGGCACAGUUCAGGGAUCAAAGCGUGUUCUGCCUGACAUACGAGUCCUCGAUGACCCGUAUGUUCAGAGACGGUCGGACAGAGACGGUGCGUUCCUGCACCUCUGAGGCAGUUGCUUUUGUCCGGGCCAUGGAAGAUCCAUGUGCAACAAAUGCUGUCAGACUUGCAUUGUUUCGGAAGGCAGCAGAAAAGCAUCAGAACAUGUACCGUCUGGCCAUGACUGGAUCUGGCAUCGAUCGGCACCUCUUCUGCCUUUACAUAGUGUCUAAAUACCUCGGUGUAGAAUCACCAUUUCUCAAAAAGGUGCUUUCAGAGCCGUGGAAACUGUCGACCAGCCAGACUCCUCAGCAGCAGCUUAAUUUAGUUGAUAUUAACAAGUUUCCUAAAUAUGUGGGUGCAGGAGGUGGAUUUGGCCCAGUGGCCGAUGAUGGCUAUGGAGUGUCUUAUAUCAUUGUUGGCGAAAAUCUCAUCACAUUCCAUAUCUCCAGCAAGUUCUCAUGUCCUGACACAGAUUCUGGUCGGUUUGGUCAGCACAUUCGGAAAGCCAUGAUUGACAUCCAGGCUCUUUUCAAGCCGGAAAAUAAUAAUAGGACGGUGGAGAAUGGAAAGUACGUGCAUCUGGAAAAUGGGAAAAAGCACAUGUAGGACUCUGUGGGGAGGAGUUUUGUUGGUGUGCUUCCAU